AUGUUGCAGUGCCCAUUGUUCACCCCAUUGUUCACCCCAUUGUUCACCGUGCAGCUUCUGGCUCCCUCGGAUGAGAGCAGGGUGUCAGUCCUCCCCGUGUGGACUCUUUCUGAUGGAACCAAGCACCCACAGACGGAGUUCUCAUGGCAGGCUCUCUGUCAAGACGAUGCAAGGCCAAUGACCUUCCUUUCGGUCAGUCCAGAAUCCCGCCAGGCCCAUGAGGAGGAGGAGGAGGCCUCUGUCUUCUGGCGGCUCACAGUGAAGGUCCUGGAGGCUCGGAGUCUGCCUAGGACUGACUUGUGUAAGAGACUAUCUGCGGUGAGUCAGGCGGAUCCGUAUGUGACUCUGCUGCUGCCCACAGCCCCUGGAGUGAAAUUCAAGACCCAAACUGUCACCAACUCCAGUCAUCCUGUAUGGAACGAGACCUUCAGUUUCCUCAUUCAGAGUCAGGUCAAGAAUAUUCUAGAAUUGAGCAUCUAUGACGAGGACUUAAUUAUGAAAGAUGACAUCUGCUUCAAAGUUUUCUGUGAUGUCUCAGAAAUCCUCCCUGGCCAACUGAUCCAGAAAACCUUCCGCCUGAAUCCUCAGGAGCAUUUUCGUUGGAACAGGAAACGGGCUGUUCUAUCCGGGGCUGCUUCCAGCAUUACCCCACGCCAGCGUUUUAGUCACCUGCAGGAUAGCCCUCAAAACACUGCUCAGGAUUCGGGUCUGUCGCACCAAGGUCUGGUUUGGCUUCCGCUGCUGGCUUGGGGACGAGGAAGGGUAGAAUUCCGAGGGCCUCCUCAACAGGAAGAAGAAAUCGGGCCUGGAUAUCCUCAGGGACCAGAAGAGUUAGAUGUGGAGUUCCUCGUGGAAAAAGCGUUGGACCCUCCAGAAAACCUCAUCACCAACAAUGUUCUUGUGGCCCGAGAACUGUCACGCCUGGAUGUCUGUCUGGACAGAGCUGGGGGCGCCACCGUGGCAGCAGGUCAGGACGAGCUGGAGCUGGCGCUGAAAGGAUCAUAUGAGGACACACAGACACUUGCCCUGGACACCGCAUCCACCUUCAGCUUCCACUAUGUGAGGGGCCAAGGCACAGAGCUGACAGGGUGUCUGAGGAGCUCCAGAAGCAACGGCUGGAUGUCACGCACCUCAGCUACACCCCUCAGCGUACCCCUGAAGUCCUUGGCCACAGGGAAGGAGGUGACUGUAGACGUUCCUGCUACAAGUGCCCCGGAAGUGAAGCUGCAGCUUAGGACAGACAGCUGCUCCAAGGAGCUGGCUGUGCGGCUGGGCUGUGGGCUCUGCCCUGAGGAGCAGGCCUUCCUAGGCCGGAGGAAGCAGGUGGUGGCCGCCGCCCUGAAGCAGGCCCUGCAAUUGGAUAAAGACUUGAAGGAAGACGAGGUUCCCAUUGUGGGCAUCAUGGCUGAGGGAGGAGGUGUCCGGGCUAUGACUUCACUCUACGGUCACUUGUUGGCACUUCAGAAGUUGGGCCUCCUGGACUGUGUGACCUAUUUCAGUGGCAUCUCGGGCUCUACGUGGGCAAUGGCCCACCUUUACCAGGAUCCGGAGUGGUCGCAGAGGGACCUCGAGGGACCCAUCAACCAUGCCAGGGAGCAUGUGGCUAAGAGCCUGUGGAGCGAAUUCCUCCCCGAACACUUGGCAAGCUACCACCAGGCACUGAAGCUUCGGGCGGAACAGGGCUACACCACCACCAUAGCUGACCUGUGGAGCCUGGUGCUGGAGUUCAAGUUGCAUGGGCAGGUGACAGACCAGAAGCUGUCGGGGCAGAGAGCUGCCCUGGAGCGGGGUCAGAACCCACUGCCUCUGUACUUGAGCCUCAACGUCAAAAAGGACAAUCUGGAUACCCUCCACUUCAAGGAAUGGGUGGAGUUCUCUCCUUAUGAAGUUGGGUUCCUGAAAUAUGGCGGCUUUGUCCCCCCUGAGCUCUUUGGCUCUGAGUUCUUCAUGGGGAGACUGAUGAAGAGGCUCCCCGAGUCCCAGAUCUGCUUUCUGGAAGGUAUCUGGAGCAACAUCUUCUCUGUGAACUUGAUGGAUAUCUGGUACGAUGUCACCUCGGGGAAAGAUUGGAAGAAUGUCAUUGUGGAUGUCCGGCACUCAGAGGAGCCCUCAGCCUCAGCAGGAACCUCCUCCUGUGUGGAGGCCUCGUGGCUGCAGCCUGGAAGCGCCCUGGCCCAGGCAUUGAAGGGCUUUCUGAACGGCCGGCCAUUCUAUCAGCGCAGUGCCAACUUCCUCCAUGGCCUCCAGCUGCACCAGGGCUACCGUAGCCAGAAAAACUUCUCCACCUGGGCAGAUUGCCACCUAGAUAACACCCCCAAUCAGCUGACCCCGCAGGACACUCAGCUCUGCCUAGUGGAUGCUGGCUACUUCAUCAACAACAGCUGUCCCUCCAUGUUCCGCUCAGGUCGCCAAGUGGACCUCAUACUCUCCUUCGGCUACUCCCAAUUCUCGCCCUUUGAGGGGCUGCUGCAAUCUGAGAAAUACUGCAGAGCUCAGGGCCUGCCCUUCCCCCACGUGGAACCCAGCCCUGAGGACCAAUGCCGGCCCCGAGAAUGCCACCUCUUCUUAGAUCCCACCCGCCCUGAGGCGCCUGUUCUGCUGCACUUCCCGCUGGUCAAUGACUCCUUCAAGGACCACUCAGCCCCUGGCGUCCGGCGCAGCCCUGCUGAGCUCGAGGCCGGGCAGGUGGAUCUCACAGGGGAAGCCUCCCCGUACUUCAUGUACAACAUGGCCUACAAGGAGGAAGAUUUUGACCGCCUGCUUCAGCUCACUGACUACAACAUGCGGAACAACCAGGGCACUGUCCUGCAGGCCCUGAAGACCGUUUUGAAACGUAAGGCCCCAGAGGCGAAGCCCUUGGAGAUGCAGACCUGAGGCUUCUCGGGGGGCCUCUAAGGCUCUGAGGGCCACACUCGGACCCUCCACUUUCCAAGGACUUAACUCAGGCUGCAGCUGGGCAUAGCCACAGUGCCCCUUCCCAGUUCUCCAAAUCCUGGUUUCCUCUGCAGCUAGCCUCACCGUCAGAGAGGCUGUGUACCCCACCCACCGGUCUCCCCUCUGUCCCAGCUGCUUUGAGGAAAGUUGAAAGUCUCUCCUGGCCAGUACAUAUAACGACUGACUGACUACACCAGCCAAGCUUUCACAAGCAAUUACUUUCUUUCUGAGCAGAAUGGACUUGGGGUGGCUUAAGGCACCUGGAUGCACCUGCACCUUCUCCUCCUUGUCGAUACGCAAGGCUUUUAUUUCCUUUUUAAAGACGGGUUUAAAAAACCUCCCUACUCCAUGACCUCACCAUGUCUUAGGCUUAAAUCCUCAGUAUUCUAUUCUUUUUGAUGAUAUUACAAACGGAAGUAUUUUCUCAGUGUCGUUUUCACACCAUUCCUUGCUGUUGGAAAUGUAGUUAGUUUUGUAGUUUGGACUUGCAUGAUACAAUCAUUAAGCUCUCUGGCUUAAAUACUUUCCAUAGGUUCUUCAGAGCAUUCAGUUACGAACUUGCCACCUGCAAACGGAGAGGGUCUGACUUCUCGCUUCCUGAUUUAAGUGCCUUUUCUUUCUUUCUAUGACCUGAUGCUGUGACUAGUUUGUUGAGUGUUUUUGUUUUUGUUUUUAACCAUAAGAAAGUACUAAAUUUUGCCAUGUAAUUUCUGUAUCUCUUGGGAUACUCAUGUAGGUUUGUUCUUUAAUUCUAUACUUGUUUAUUUGUUUGUUUUGCUUUGGGUUAUUGUUUGUUCGUUUGUUUGUUUGAGACAGGGUCUCACUCUCAUGCCUGACUUGCCCAUACUUCACUAUAUAGACCUAAAUGGCUUCAGACUCAUAGAGGUCUGUUGUGGAAUAAUUCUCUUAUACACCGUAAAGAUUUGUCACUUGAAUUGGUUUAAUAAAAUGCUAUA